GAAGAACUUUCUAGCCUUUCAAUAAGAAGAAGUCAAAUACACAACAUCUGAAACUCCAAACACCGAGAUGGCCCCAUUUGAACCACAGAGAGAGGAGGUCUCCACGUUGUCUCUUGUCUCUAAACCUAGGAGAAUAGCUUCUAGCCGUUCAAUAAGAAAGAAGUCAAAGACACCAACAUCAUCUGAACCUGUGACUUUGGCUGACACUCAACCAGCGGUAAAGGUGGACCAAGAGACCCAGCCAAUAGAGAGUGGAAAGGUGCUGCUGUUGGAGCCCUCUGUUAUUGAAAAGACAGAACCACGCCGUCAUAGAAGUCUGUUCAAACAUGGCAAAAAGAAGCGAAGAGCCUUGAUUGGACAGAGGCAGAAACAGAAACAAAGGCAGAGGCCAAGAGGGAGAAAGAGUGAUGAGAGUAAAUCACCUGAAAGUAAGGUACCUGAAGCUGUUGAAGAGGUAGACCUAAAGGAAGUUUCCUCCCCAGAGGCUGCUUCCACACCGGCAAGCUCUAAACUCCUUGGCAUCCUCAAGACCAAGUACAGAAGGAAAAAGGUCCCCAAUUCAAGCUUUCAGUUCCUUGGUACCAAAAGACCAAGAGCCAGGCCUAAAACUCUAUCUAAGCAGGUAGAAAUMGAUCUCGCCCAGCAAAUUUUGGAGGAGCAGGAUAUACAAGACACUGUGGAUGAUGAACCACAGUCUGAUGCUUUUGAUGACCAGCAUGGUAAAUCAAAGUACCUUAAAAACAUAAAGCACUUCAUCAUGCCWGURYUCAGUGRCCGGUCCUCACGGGUGAUCAAGACUCCACAGAGGUUUAUGGAUGAUGCUGGCAUGUCRGUUUUGCCUCGUAGAAACUCCCCGAAGAAAGGCCAACUAUUCGGCUUACACCCACGCACUGGAAGGAAACGAGAAGAUGGCACAGGUAGAGAGCUUACUCCRGAUCUGCCUAUCGACGAGGAAGAAUUUCUGAAUGAGGCUCAGUUAGAUGUUGAUUUGUUCUCAACUCAGGAACUCGAACAGGAAACCACUGACGUGAGUGACGGCUUAUCCUCCGGAAAGCAGUCUGGAAAGAGGAAGUCCCUUUUGAGGAAUCCCAGUUUCAAGUGGCAUGUGCCAGGAGAGUCUGGUGAGGAGGUAUAUACACUGGACAAAACUCUACAGAGCGAGUAUGAGACUUUACUUUUAUCCAAAGAAUUUCAAAUUGCUUCUGACCCAUCAACCGAUCCCCAGGAGGUUCAGAAAAAGAAAAGGUGCUACAAGUUCAACAAGCAAACAUCUCACCUAAAUAUGUACAAGCGACUGAAGAAGCUGCAACCAGGACUUCCCAAAAGGAGAAGAAAAAACGUGAUGACAGAUGGUGUUUGCAAUACUCUUCAGUCUUCUGUUCAUAUGCUAGCGGAAGGUCUGGAUGAUGAAGUCAAGAGCAUCUGUCUAAAGAAACGUCCCACAAUCACAGCUCCAAGCAAACCCAAAUCAAAGCAAGGCAAAUCCAAGCUCAAGAUUGAGGACCUUGAUAGCCCUGGGGUUGUGCGAAAAGUCUCUGUGUGUGUUCGGACUAUGAACUCAAAGUUCUUAACAUUUCAAUAUGGAGAACAUGAGGAGUUGACAGAGGAAGACAAAACAAAUGCUGAAAAUGUUAUUGCAGAAGCAGGAAAGCUUGAGCCACAGGAACUGCAUCUGAACAUGAUCGCUGAGGCUGACCGUGCUACUGCUGAGAAAGGAGCCACCCAGAGAGUUCGCUUCACAGGGGCCAAUAAGAGGAUGUUCAAUCUGCUCAAGAAAGCCAAGGUCCAGCUCAACAAGAUUGACCAGCAGAAACAACUCAAGUCCUCAGGGCUUCUAUCAGGGCCUGCUGGCUCCAGAGAUGCAGCAGGGAAGAGACAAAGGAGGAAAUCGAAAGAGCAGCUUGAGCCUGCUGCCUCAAACAUGACUGACCCUCCCCUGUCACAGGAGUUCCGCAGAGCGGGGGGUCCACGCAUCAAGCAUGUGUGCCGUGCAGCAGCUGUGGUGCUGGGCCAGCCUCGUGCGCUGGUGUCCGAUGACAUGAUCCCCAGACUCAGUGCUCUGCCUCUGCAUGAGAGAACUGGCAUAUCCCCCUCUGGCAAGAACCAAGGUGGUGAGUCUCUCUCUGGUCCAGACAGCCCUGGGCUGCUGGACCAAAAGGUUACCAAGGUCAGGAAGUCGGGAGCAGGUUUUGCUAAACAAAAGAGCCUUGCACCAGUUGGACUCCGCUCUCGGAGGUGUGGGAUCUGCAAGGGCUGCAACCAUGAGGAGGACUGUGGCGAGUGCAUGAACUGCCUGGACAAACCCAAGUUUGGAGGGCCCAAUACGAAGCGACAGUGCUGCAUAUAUAAAAGAUGCGAUCAGAUUGAAGACAGAAAAGCACGUCGUUUGAGUGGCAAGUUCCCUGGAGGUCCUGGGAAACGCCCGCGGCACUCCCUCAGCGUGGUUCAGUCUAGCAAUGAUGAAGUUGAUGGGAUGGAGGUGGGGGACAGCCAGAGCCCAUCUGUGAGGAAGCAGCCGCGGCGUUGUGUGAAGCCGCGCUCCUACUUUGACCUGCUGGACUAUGACUCCGACCUGGAGAUCACUGUGGGCUCCAACUCUGCCUCCCCCGGCCGGAGGAGAGGCCCCGGCCCACGCAGCCAAGACUUUGUCUCUCUGGAUGGAUUCCUGGGAGACCUAUCGGACGACGGUGUGAGACAUCGCAGGCUGCACCACCGAGUCCCUCCUGGUCGCCGUAAAACUGACAAGACUCCUCUGGAACAGACGCCACCUAGCGUUCUGGCCGCCCUCGCCAAUGGAUUUGACCAGAGGGAGAGGGAGCCCUCCGAGCCUACGCACAAGAUCGGCGUGGACUUCAAGGAGGACUGUGACCUCCAGAACGUGUGGAUGAUGGGAGGCCUGAGUAUCCUGACCUCUGUGCCSAUCAUGCCCCCCUGUGUCUGCCUGCUGUGUGCCAGUAAAGGACAACAAGAGCAAAUGCUGUACUGCCAGGUGUGCUGUGAGCCAUUCCACCGYUUUUGCCUUGAGCCAACGGAGCGGCCCUCUGAGGAGAACAAGGAGAACUGGUGCUGUCGCCGCUGCAAGUGCUGCCAUAUAUGUGGCAGAAAAAACAAGCACUCCAAGCCUCUGCUGGAGUGUGACAGAUGUCAGAACUGUUAUCACCCUUCAUGCCUGGGUCCUAACUACCCCAAACCCAACAGGAGGAGGAAGGCCUGGGUGUGUAUGACGUGCAUCAGAUGUAAAAGCUGUGGGGUUACACCAGGGAAGAGUUGGGACACCGAGUGGAACCACGAUAAAGGACUCUGUCCAGACUGCACCAAGCUCCACGACCAAGGCAACUACUGUCCGAUCUGCUUCAAGUGCUAUGAGGACAGUGACUACGACAGUCAGAUGAUGCAGUGUGCCACCUGUAACCACUGGGUCCAUGCCAAGUGUGAGGACCUGACAGGUGACCUGUAUGAGAUUCUGUCCAGCCUGCCAGAGAGUGUGGCGUAUUCCUGCCGGCCCUGCAGCCAGUCCCAGCCCAGCGCCUGGAGGGAGCUGCUCCACAUGGAGCUGAGGGCCGGGGUAGAGAAGGUGCUGGCCUGCCUGCUCACCUCCACUCUCACCCAGCACCUCAUCACCUGCUCACAGUGCGUGACCCAGGUUGACCCUGACAGUGGAGCGGAGGGCCAGCCAGUCUGUGACCUCCGUGCUGUGGGCAAGAAGUUUGACAAAGGCCUCUACACCACCCUGAAAUCAUUCCAUGAAGAUGUGGUGCAAGUGGUGCGGAGGCGUCUGGAUCAGGAGGAGUCUCUACCGGAGGAUGAAAGGCCCACAGCCUUGGCCCGCUCCUACUACUUGAAGCUUCUGGAGGAGGUCUUCAACUGGUUCAACAGUCAGGACCCCAAAGUGUGGGACCCCCGAUCCAAAGACCUGCCUAUUGGGAUGCUGUCCCAUGCGGUUCAGCCCCCCACCACUGAGCAUGUGUAUGCCCAGUGGCGUGAGAGGGAGGAGCUAAGGUCCAGGGCCCCUCUAGGGACCCUGCAGACGGAGAACGUUCCACGCCRGGAGGUGAAACAAGAAGAGGUGCCUCACCCCACCACCCCACUGAUCACAGAGCCAACCAGGGGUCUCCACUUUAGGAAAAACAGGGAUUUCAGGCUUAAUAAACUCAAAGGGAAAAGGGGAAGAGCCAGACUGCAAUCCAUGUCUGAGGGACGUCCAUUCAAGUCUGAGGGACGGCUGUCCAAGGCUGACCUAGACACAGGGUGGUCCAAGGACGACGGGAGGCAAUGCUCACUGUGCCAAAAGUAUGGAGAUGCUAAGUCCAAUGAGGCGGGCAGGCUGCUGUACCUGGGCCAGAACGAAUGGGCUCACAUCAACUGCUCCAUGUGGUCCGCCGAGGUGUUCGAGGAGGACAAUGGCUCUCUGAUGCACGUGCACAGUGCCGUCGCUAGGGGGCGCUUCAUGCGCUGUGAGCGCUGUAACCAUACAGGUGCCACAGUGGGCUGCUGUCUGACCUCCUGCCAGAGCAACUACCACUUCAUGUGUGCCCGCUCCCGCAACUGUGUAUUCCAGGACGACAAGAAGGUGUACUGCUACAAACACAGAGACCUCAUCAGUGGCAAGAUCAUCACCGGCCAAGGGUUUGAGGUGAAUCGGAGGAUGUAUGUGGACUUUGAUGGGAUCAGUCUUCGCAGGAAGUUCUUGACCGGACUGGAGCCAGAAAACAUAAAUUUGAUGAUUGGCUCUUUGCAGAUUGAAAAGCUAGGUAUGCUGACUGAGCUGUCUGCAAAGCAAGGAAAACUCUUCCCAGUGGGUUACCGGUGUUCUCGCUGGUACUGGAGCACGGUGAACCCACUGCGGCGAUGCAAAUACACGUGUACGAUCCGUGAGGUCCGACCGCCGGUCCCUGAGAAACCUGCUGAAGAGAUGCCUGACAAAGGAGAGAAUAACACUAUAGCACACAGCCCCUGCGCCCAGUCAGAAUCUGAUGCCCAAGAGGUUGACYUGGCACAUUCCCGACCCACUACUCCCAGCUUCUCAGCUCCACUCCCUAAACCUGACCAAGGGGCAAGGCCCAAAAUCAGGAGACCAGCUGGAGGACUGUUCCGGCCUCUGCCCUCCCCAGGAGCUACCAAGUCCAAACCCCACCACAUCCUGACCAUCAGUGACCUGGAGGAGACYCGCAGGCCUCGUCGCCACAGCCCCCACUCCCAAACCCGCAGGGACAUGUCCUCCCCACCCCUGGGCUCUCCAACUGGAUCUGGACUAAUCACCCUCCGCACUGGGGGCUCCAUGCAUCCCAAGGCCUCCGUACCCACCUCUCCGCUGUUUCCCCUCGGUGCUACUGAUAUCCUGCUGACCUCUCCCUCUGCCCGCCCUGUCGGAGGUCGAAGUGCUUCCUCUGCCCGAUGCCCCGGGAACAUGACUCGCUCUACCUCAGGACUCUUUCCCCAGCCACCGUGGGAAGACAGUGUGGGCAGCUUCCCUUCCCCUUGCCUGUCCCUCUCCCCAACCGUCCAGCACUCCCCUAGACCCAGGCUGUCUUUUGACCUGAACCAGUCAGACUCAGUGGAGGUACCACACAACUUCCUGGCCUCCCCAGAACCGGAGGAUAACCCUGCACCUAACAGCACCUCACCACUUAGYGGCUCUUUCACACAAUUCCACGAGGACUCUGACGUGGCCAUGGGCUCCGAGUUGAAGACUGAGCUUGAGAUUGAGGAGACGCUAGUGAAUGAGGGAGUGGCCAUGAACUGUGGCGCCCAGAUAGACGUGGAGGGCGACGACAACCAAGAGGAGUUCUGGGAGCCKGAGGUUCGCAAGASGAAGACSCGUACAGCCCUGACCCGCUCAGCUGCCAGGCAAGACUGGGGGAACACUUCRUCRGAUGAGGACAUGGAGCACUAUUUUGACUUCUCGCACACUGUGGUCAGUCGCACAGGCUCCAGGGACACAACCCAGGCUCCUGCCUCUCCCUCUUCAAGAUCUAUCCCCCAACUGGACGGCGUGGACGAUGGGGCGGAGAGUGAUGCCAGCGUGACAACCACGGACGGGGCUCAGAAACUGAAGAGCGCCAGUCAAGUUCAGAACCCAGCUCAAACGCAUGUUCUGCCUGAAGUAAAAAUUACAACAAAUGGUCUAAGUGCAGACUCUGGAAGCCCUGUCCCAGAUCAGUCACCCCUUAGCAACCCAUUCAAGUCUACAACCAGAGUUGUCCUCCCCGCUACAAAACCUCCCCCAGCGUAUAGACCCCAUGAUCCAUCCAAAGCCUUUAAUGCCACACAACUAGCUAGGACUGAAUUGGAUAGUGUGACCCUUGCGCCAACUGAGAUCUCACCAGAAGCUCGAAGACCAGCUGCAGUGGACCCAUAUACAACGUACAGCCCUGCUGAUGUGAAUACUACUCCCCUGCAGUUAUACGCCUUCCCAACUCCUCUAGAGCAAAAUAACUCAGUCCCCUCCUUAGACGCCCACGAACCAGUGCUGAUUGCACCCCUUCAAGGAACGCUGCUGGACUUUGUCCAUACUAAGGUGCCUGAUACGGUCUACCCAGAGGAUUUAUUUCAAGUUUCCAGUCUGGAUGUUGUCCCUGGGGCUCCACUUGUUCUUGAAAGGUGUGAUCCUCCCUCCCCCAGCACCUGUUUCACUGAGCUGGUCCCUGUCCAGGUUGAUGCUCCCAUGGAAACCCAUCAGCCUCAAGACCCAAAAGACCUCUUCUUGGAUUCUAACAGCGGCCACUUUGUAUCGCCCACAGAUGGAUCUGCCAUUUACAUGAACCACUUGACAGAGAGUUCACGAGAUCCAUCGUUGAGCAGUAGUCAGGGCACCCUGUUGGAGCUUCUUCAACCCUCUUCUCUUAUCUCCUCGGACUUCCCUUGCCCCAGCAUAGCCCCGAUGAACCCUUUACAAAUGAGUCCCUCUGUGCAGUUCUCUUUGCCUGGCUUUAACCCUUCAAGGCCACCUCUCACUAGCAUCUCACUACAACCCCUGACAUCCUCCCAAGGGUCAACAGUCUUGCAGCCCAUGGAGACCUUUUGUACCAAAUUAUCAGCACCUAUUCCAGACAGUGCCCUUCCACAUUUGUCCUCUCAAAUUGAUCCCAUUUUAUCUGCAACAUCAAGCGUCAGUCUCCCAUCGUAUGGAUCAGUCUCGCUGCCUAUAUUCUCCACACAAUCCCAGGCCAUGGUCUCCACAGCAAUUACCAUUGUAUCCUCCUCUCCCUCCAUAUGCUCUCUCUCCGAUGCUCUAUCCACCCAGUGUCACCCCAUGCUCUCUUCGCUUCAGCCCUCCUCUGCCCCUGUGAUGAUUAACGGAUACAGCUCCACGUCUCUGCAGAAGGAAGCUGCCAUGGGACACACCAUCUCCAUCAACUUCUCCACCCCCAGGCCGCCACUGGAGCCCCAACAGACGCUGUUACCUCAGGGACUACCUGGCCACGCUAUCCUUACUGUGAAGGAAGUGGGUGGUCCUAACGUGGACCCUACACCUCACGUUCUGCUAGUCAACCGCCUGGGCCAGAUCUUUGUGAAGAACCCAGAGAGCAACACCUUCCAGCUGCCCAGUCAGAGCUCUCCCUCCUAUAACUGUGUCACUCAGAUAGCCAGCCUCCUUCAGAGCAAUGCCCUGUCUGCCACCUUGGCAGCAGCUGGUACAAUGUCCACCCCAGUUACAAUGACUGCCAUGCCAACCCAUGUCCCUAGGAUGGCCACGCCUGUGGUUCAGAACCCAGCUACCAUCACUCAACUGCUCACUCAUAACAACAAUGGGACAGUGGCAGCAACUGCGGUCAAGAAACCCAGGAAGAACGCAAGCGUAUCUGCAGAUGGAGCUAUACCAGGGAUGAAGAAACCCAGAAAGAAGAAAGAACCUUCCACAACUUCUAGGAGAAAGAAGUCUGACAAAGCUGCAGACCUGUUUGAGUUUGCUGGUCAGGACGGGAGUUCCUCCAUGACCAAGACUGAGAGUGCCCAAGCCAUCAUCAACCAAGCCAUGGCCAGUAACUACACCCCCAACCGGACCGGUCCGCGCAUACUGAGUCCCUCCACAUUCCGUAACAACCCUUCCRUGAAAUCUGUGGUCCUGCCCCCAGGACUACUCAUCGAACCCGAGCCCGCAGCCACCACACUGUCUGUUUCAACACCCCGCCCUCCUCGUGCCCAUGUCCGUAUGAAGAGGGUGUCCUCCCUUUCUGAUCGCAUUGGUGCCAUAAAGAAGUCCAAGACAGACUUCCUAGAGCCAGAGCCCCCUAGUGCUAAGGAGGACCUGCCGGUACCCAAAGACAGCUUUGCUGCUGUCUCCAGCAGGGCCGGGGGUGUUCGCAUUAAAACCCCAACGGUGAAAGGUGUGUUGGACCUGGACAAGCUAAAGGAGGAGCACUUGAGUGACUCUGAAAGCACAAGGCCAGGGCCUUGGGACCGCCUGUCUAUACCUCGAUUUGGGGGGGACAUGGGCAAACAGAACUGGGACGCAGUGGGCCGCAGUGCCCUGACUGACUGGAACAAAUACUCAGGUGCUGUAUCGUGCUCAGAUGAUGAGCUGCUGCCAUCAGACGAGGACGAUGAGUGUCCCCCCAGCCYAGACCAGCCCCACCUUCGCUUCGAAAUCAAAAGCGAUGACGGCUUCAGUGUGGAGGCAGACAGCAUAGAGGUGGCCUGGAGGGCAGUGAUAGACUGUGUCCAGGAGGCGCGGGCYGGGGCCAGGCUUAGGCAGCUGUCCUUCUCUGGGAUGACAGGUGRCCGUAUGCUGGGCCUGCUCCACGACACGGUGGUCUUCCUGGUGGAGCAACUUCAGGGGGCCCGCCGCUGCCAUAGCCACGCCUUCCGCUUCUUUAAACAGAUCAGCCAAGAGGAGGACCUGCCUGUCAACCCCUCUGGAUGRGCCCGCUCUGAGGUCUACCUCAGGAAGUCCACCUUCGACAUGUUCAACUUCCUGGCUUCCCAGCACCGCCAGCUCCCUGACAUCAACCCCUACGAUGAGGAGGAGGAUGAAGUCCCACUCAAAUCCACAAGACGUGCCACUAGCUUGGAGCUCCCCAUGGCCAUGCGCUUCAGACAUCUGGAGAGGACAUCAAAGGAGGCUGUAGGCGUGUACAGGUCUGCUAUCCACGGCCGAGGUCUGUUCUGCAAGAGGAACAUCGAUGCUCAGGAGAUGGUCAUUGAGUAUGCCGGCAUCGUCAUUCGCUCAGUGCUGACAGACAAGCGGGAGAAGUACUACGAUGGCAAGGGUAUCGGCUGCUACAUGUUCCGUAUCGAUGACUUUGACGUGGUGGACGCCACCAUGCACGGCAAUGCGGCGCGCUUCAUAAACCACUCAUGCGAGCCCAACUGCUACUCGCGCGUCAUCAACGUGGAGGGCCAGAAGCACAUCGUCAUCUUCGCCCUGCGCAAGAUCUACCGGGGCGAGGAGCUCACCUACGACUACAAGUUCCCCAUCGAAGACCCAGCAAGCAAGCUCAACUGCAACUGCGGGGCCCGGAAAUGUAGACGCUUCCUCAACUAGGGGCAGGAGGAGGACUUGGUACUGCCACAGUCUCUGCAGAGGGAACAAGGCACAAGGAAAGGGGAUGAGAGCAGAGGCAACAGAUGAAGAGGUUAAAAGCCUUAAAUUAAGGUUUUACUGGGUUGGGAGGUGGGGGAGGAGAAAAUACAGGAAAGGAUGAGCCACUACGAAAAGACUGGGAGAGGAACCAGGGCCAGGAGAUGGGGGAGCAAGAGAGAAUAGGCCACACAGGGACAUGUAUCCAUAAGCCCACUUUGGCUCCUAACCGAUAUGCACCUGCCAGAGGUUGGACAAGUUCACCACAGGAGAGGGUGGAAGUAGCUACCGUUAUAGCGUGGGUUGUUUCUUGAGAACAGGAUACUGAACGCUGCAGACGUCUGUUGUGGUUAUGCUGGUUCUAUGUUGCAUGAAGGUAUUUUCCUUGACGCCAUAACGUCAAGCACUUUCUGUUGAAAUAAGGGUGGACCAGAAAAGCUAGACUUGGAGAGAUUCCUCAUCUUUUUUUGUUGGGGGGGCAGGGGGAGAUUUUUUAAUUUUGACACCCAUAAUCAUGUUGGUCCCUUAGCCAUAUCUCUAUCUUUACUUGAUUUAUGAAUCAUUGUUUUAUUUAUUUGAAAUUAUUUUUCACAGAGCUCAUCAUGCGUCAGGUUGUACAUAUUUGCUUUCCGUUGACUUCAGAGAACCAUGGUGCUAGAUAUGAUGGGCCAUAGGCUUUGUGGCUCCACGGUCAGAGACCCUGCAAAUAAUACCUAUUUUUCUAUCCAUUCUCCACUCCCCUCUCACACAGACCGGGGAUGGGACCUCCAUUAUGUUCAGUUAAACYGUUAGAUAACGGUUAGUGUCACCCUUAAAGAGUUUGCUGCAGCUAAAUCAUAUCUUUAAGAACUUUCCCUUCAAUGUUUUUGUAUGUAGCAAACACUACCCAAUCCAAGAMUGACGAGUUUAGCUGGAAACCUCAGUGCGUCUUUUUUUAUUUAAAAAUAUAUUUUAUUACUAUCAUGGCAAAUGCUGAUUACCUUUUGCAAUAAUAUUAGGCCUACUGCUUUGCUGCGCUCCAGUUGCACAUCUUUAGUGAACUAACAAAAUCCAGACUCCAUAUUUCUCAACAAAGUACAGACUUCUCUCUGACAUUCUCUGCAAUCCACAAAGGGUGGAACACUGUGUUAGACCACUAAGAGAUGUGUUAUAAACUCUAUAUAUACCCGACUGUGUGGACUGACAGCACCCCUGUGCACUGGAGAUCUCAAGCAUAGCGUUAGUACUGUACUCAGCACCUUAACGUUUGCUGUCGUACAACUUUAGAAAAGGCUGUCAGUCAGUUCAUUCAGACAUAUUAGAACAUGAAAUGUACACCCUGUUGUUCACAUCUUUACAAUAAGAGAUUGCUUGAGCUCUAGAAUAGUUGUAUUUAUUCAUGUUUCUGUUCAGAUUUUGGACUGGUGAAACUAGCUGUAUAAAUGGUGGUCUAGUGGGAAAUCUUCCUCCCCUCCUUUCCUCUUUUUGUUUACUUUGUUACUUCUUUCUCUUAUUUGAACCUGGAUGUUUGGGGACAGUUGUGUAUUACAUUUCAGCCUUUACACAAGACAUUGUCCUAAAGCAGGUAUUUUUUAUUUGUUUUUGAUUGUAUUUCUUUGUUCUGGUAGAAUUUUCAUGGAGAAAGUACAGCAGGCCUUAGUAUCGGCAGGCCAUAUAACAGGAGAAUAUCAAGCAUUUGAGUCCACGCUGUUCUUCCCAUCUGCGUGCUACAGAGAACCCUUCAAGAUAGAGAUAAUAAUCUAAAGGAAAUGAGCACUGUCCUUUUGAAAUGUAAUAACCAGUUAGGAAGAGCUUAAGCCCACCAGCCUGCGUGACCAAUCAGUGAGAUUGAGCCUGUAUUCCCAUGUGUCAAUCAUCUAACACCCUUAGUUUGACAAUAACAGGAUGCAUCUGUUUCAGGGAUACGGCUAUCCUUAACCUUGCUUCCUUUUCCGCUGAAAACCCCGCUCAGAGCAGGUUUCUCUAUACCCACMCCACUCCCCAACCUCUUGCCAGGAUUCUACCUCAGUUGUUCUGACAGAAAGAAUACUAAUGCAAAAAAGAGGAUGAUGACAAUAUAAUAAGAGUAACUUGGUUUUAAUGUCCUGCAGAGCUGGCCUGUGUGUUCGAUGAAGCAUGCAAAGCACUAGUUGGAAACCUGAAGUUACCAUGACGAUCUCUCCCAGAAAUGGUUCAGAAAGCUGUAUGUUCUAUAUGGUAGGGUUAUUUUAAAGUAUAACAAAGUGUUAAAGACAUGAAAAUAUGUGUGAACUUGUCUUUGUUACCUUGUACAAAUAAGCCCUGAGUUUGUAAAUAAUUGUAUACAUAUUUCUAAACCCGUUUAAUUUUUCUAUGCACUUUUUUUAUUUAUAAUGUUGUUUGCUUAAUAAAGAUGUUAAGAUGUUUGAACAAA